UGGUACAAAGUGACUCAGACAACAGGAAAUCAGCUGAACAAUUAGUUUCUCACUCGCACAUUUUUCACAUAGCAAACAGUGCAUCACAGGAGAAAGAAGGUCCCAGCUCUCUCCGGACAUAAACGCGUAUUCUGCCGUAUUUCAAAUGGACGGUUGGACUCAAAGAGUCAGGAAGUCAGAGAUAAAGCGAAGAAUGUGAAGAGGGAAACAAUGUGCACCACAGAAAACAACGCGGAAUUACUGCCAACAUCCUCGGACCCGGCUCUUAUCCUGGAGCUAAAGACCAGGCGCCCUCCGUCCUUGGAGGGCCGGGCGGGAUGUGAGACCUGGAGCGUGGACUUCUCCCCGGACGGAGCCUGGUUCGCCUGGUCGAUGGGACACGGGAUCGUCUGGGUGGUCGCCUGGCCUCUCGACUCCGAAGACAGUCAGAAUGGAGAGACCGACCGAGGAGACAAGAGCUUCAGUUGCGGUCAUCCAGUGUGGGGCCUCGCCUUCGGACCCAGACCUCCAACAUCAGCUGCAGCGGUGCGCCAAGCUAAAACAACACCAAAAGGGAGCAAAAGCCUGCUUCUGGCCACAGGCUUGGAGAACGGGGUGAUCAAAAUCUGGAAUGUGUUAACAGGUGAUGCUGUAUUUGAUCUCCAUGGCCACGAAGGCGUUGUGAGGGACCUGGUCUUCCCUCAGAACGGGACCCUCACACUCGUAUCGUCCUCUCGGGACAAGACUUUGAGGAUUUGGGACCUGGCUCAGAAAGGUAAAAAGGUGCAGGUGCUCUCUGGCCAUAAAGACUGGAUCAGCUGCUGCAGCGUAUCAUCAGAUUGCAGCAUGAUUGCGUCUGUCGGCAGAUUUGACAGAAUGGUGUGUCUGUGGAGUCUGCGGUCAUAUACGUUCAUGAGGAACCUGACAGGAGGGACCCAUAAGACCCUGUACCUCCUGUCUUCCUGUGACUUCUCUCCUGACGGGGCACUGCUCGCCACCGCAGCCUUCAGUGGCUCCAGCUGGUGGAUCGACCUCUGGGACCCAUACACUGCAGAGAAGCUGGCCACUCUGGUUGACUACUUCGAGGAUUACGGCCAAAACCAAAUCUCAGCAUUACAGUUCUCCCCCAACGGUUUGCACUUGGCGAUCGUGACUGACGACAGAGCUCUUCGGAUCUGGGAGCCGGGAAAUAAAGGGAUGGUGAUGCAGACGAAAGCGGACCGAGACUCUAAUGGACUCUGCUGCAACUACCAUCCACGAGGGGGAGUGGUCGCCACAGGAACCAGAGACGGCCACGUGAGGUUCUGGAGGGCACCCAGGACGGUGCCCAGCCUGCGCCACCUGUGCCGAUCCAUCCUGCGCCACUCUGUCUCCACACACCAGAUGGAGCCGCUGCCCCUCCCCAAGAGGAUCCUCGAGUACCUCACCUACAGAAACAUCCCUGACCACCUCAAUACGUGCUGCUCCUCAGAUGAAGAGUGGGAAGGUUAAAUAGCACUAUUAACACAAUGCAACAACUGACAACUACAGCAAGUGAUUAAGCAAUGCCUAAUAAUAAUAAUAAAAUGCCUUUUUCGUUUGACGAGAUGCUUGAUUUAGCACAGGAAGCAUCUCAUUGUAAUCUACUUUAGUUGCAACAUUACUAUAGUAAGGACUUCAUUUAUUGCAGUACUACUGUAAGAUGAGCAUAAACUCAGUGUUCACAUGCUUGAUUUAGCACAAUUAGCACAAUUUUAUACUUUUAAUUUAUUGUGUAAAUAUCAAAUGUAUAUGUAUUUCUAAUUCCUGUGUUUAACUUCAUAAGAUGCAAAUGCACUACUACUGUAACAGCACAUGUUGAUUGUUAAUAUAACAAACUGAACUUCUAGGAAAUAGUUUUAUUAAAGUUUUAUUAAGCAGAUGUACACCAAGACGUGUUCUUACACAGGUGUAUAUGGUGUUGUGUUCUGUAACAUAAUGGCAUGUUGUUUGACAUUUAAAUUUUUUUUUUUUACCUCAUCGUCUAUUUUCAGUGAAAUAAUAGUCGACAAUAAGUUGAUCCUGCACUGUAACUAAAUUUACAGUUUUCCAAGUCCAUAUUUUAAGUGCCCAAAGGAUAGACCCUGUUUGGGUCCAAUCACAAACGACUGUCUUCCAUUUUGCUCAGUUUGUAUGCAGAUGUGAGUGACUCAGAUAGCUGCUAGCAUUUGUGUUUGUGCAUCAACUCUGAUUGCAGUGGACACUUAAGGACAUCUGCUUUCUCUCUAAAUAAAGAUAGUUAGGUCAUUUUGAUGAA